UCCCAUUUUGUUUCAAAGACUGUUUUUCUGCUCUUUUCAAUGCUAGUUUACAUUUGGAUCCAACAAAGCAAAGUACCGUUUGGACUGUGUUGAGAGAGUGUGCGCGUGUGUUUGUAUGUGUGUGUGUGUUUUGCAUAAAUUUUUUUAUAAUUUGGGUGUAAAUUAAUUAAAUAGCACCCUACAUGCCAGAACAAAUGUGUACAUAAUAAACAAGUGGAAUAUCAAAGUCAACAAUAACAUCUAAAAUGUGCAGCUGAUGGAAAAAACCUACCACUUUUAAACUGGUGCGUGGGAAAAAUCGAUCCACAAACUGUUUUUGCAAAGAAUACGAAAAUGUUGGCUUAAAAAGGAGACUUUGACAACAACAACAAAAGUUAACUGUGAUACAAUUUGCAGUACAAAUUAGUUAAAAACUUAGUAUAGCCAAUCAACAACAACAAUUGUUUCACUUAUUUUUAAGUGAAAUAUUAAGAUUUUCGUCAAGAUUCUCAAGUAACUAAAAAAAAACAUCAUCUCAACAUUCCUGCGCAACAUAAAAACAACAAAAUGGCUGUAAAAAUGUACUAGGCCAGCCCUCACAAUGUCUGUCCCUGUAUGCUACUCUGCUGCCGCCGAAUACGCCGUCGUUGUUGAUAGUGGUUUGGAUAAUACUCUAACCCAAGAAGAGCAAUACCACAAACAACAACAGCAACAACAUCAGCAGCAGCAUCAGCAACGUCAGCAGCAUCAACUCGAACUCGAACAGCAGCAGCUGCAGCAAUUUGAGCAAUAUCAGCAGCAGCAACAGCAGCAGCAAUACUACGCGCAGCAGGAGCAGGAGAAGGAGGCUCUACUGUAUUGCCAAUUGCAGCAGCAGCUGGUCGAGGCAGAGGCGGAGCAGCAGGCGGAGGCGGUGCGGCAGCAGCAGCAGUUGAUGCAGCAGCAGCGGUCAUCGAUGUCGAUGUCGUCGUCGUCGGUGAUGUCCGGAUUUGAAUUGCCCAUGAAGAACAACAACAGCAACAACAACAACAACGUCGCCAACAACAACAACAGCAACAUGGAUGCAAUUAGCAUCAAUGCUAUCCUGGUCGAUGAUGAGCAACCAUCAACAUCGGCACAGGCUGCGGCGGCGGCUGCAAAUUUGUUGCGCGGCAAAUUGGGCAAUGGCAAUGGUGGCAUCGACGACGAUCACAAUGCAGAGAUGGCAACUGAUUGGAUGAGGAUUGCGGACGAGGGCCGGUAUGGCACACCGGGUGCUGCUGGCUUGGAAUAUCAAAAGUACGAACAACAACAAGAGCAACAACAACAGACACCACUGGAAACUGAAGCUGGAGCAGCAGCUGGAGCAGCAACAGCAUCUGAGCCAACAACGGCACUAAAGCAACUGGAGGAUCAAUUGCAUGCAAUGAGCUCGGAUGAAUUGUACGAGACCCUAAAGGAGUACGAUGCACUGCAGGAUAAAUAUCAUACCGUACUGCUGCUACCCAAGGAGUCGAGGCGUGAGGUGACCGCUGGCGGACGUGAUGGCUCAGCGUAUGUGCUGCGCUGCCUGAAGAUGUGGUACGAGCUGCCAUCCGAUGUGCUCUUCUCGGCCAUGAGCCUGGUGGAUCGCUUUUUGGAUCGUAUGGCCGUCAAGCCGAAACAUAUGGCCUGCAUGAGCGUUGCCUCCUUCCAUUUGGCCAUCAAGCAGCUCGACCUGAAGCCCAUUCCUGCCGACGAUCUGGUUACAAUAUCUCAGUGUGGUUGUACCGCUGGCGAUUUGGAACGCAUGGCCGGCGUUAUUGCCAACAAACUGGGCGUACAGAUGGGGCAUGCACCCAUCACAUCAGUGAGCUACCUGCGCAUCUAUUACGCUCUCUUCCGCAACUUGGCGAAGGAGAUUGGCGGCGAUUUCUUCAAGUUCUUUCAGCACCUGAUCAAGCUCGAGGAGCUGGAGAAUCGUUUGGAGAUCCUGUUGUGCGAUGUGAAGACAACGGUGAUUACCCCAGCGACAUUGGCCCUGGUUCUCAUCUGUCUCCAUCUCGAUUUCCACAUCAAGGAGUCGUACACCCGCGGCAGUCCCGAGCUUAAGCACGUCUUUGAGUACAUACUCUUCCUGCAGCAAUACAUGAGGAUUCCCGAUCGCGUUUUCACCUGCGGUUUUAGCAUUGUGUCGGGCAUUCUGUCCCAUUACAAUGGCCAGAAUAAGGCGCCCUACAAGCAGCGGCUUGUCUGGAAGUUAUCCAGUCGCACGCUGCGCGUUCUGCGCCCGAUCAAUCGCUUCUCAUCCGAUCUGCCCACCAUCGAGGAGGGCAUAUCGAAUGCCCUAGACGAUGGCCUGCGCUCCAGAACCGAGAGUAUUAGCUCCGAGGAGGAAGAGGACUGGCCAACUUCAGCUAUUAUUCCAAUUUUCGAACAAUGUUAGUAGCAGCACCCAGCAGCAAAACAAGCAAACAAGCAGCAAAGUAAGCAGCAACAACCAAGCAAAGCAGCAAAGCCCCCGGAACGGACAACGAUGAAUGUGGGGCAAGAAUGAAGCAGCAGCAAGCAGGAAUCAACCAACUAUUCGCACACACCGCGACACAAAUUGUGGCCAACUGUCGCAAGUAAAAUUGGACACCAACAAACAACAUCAGAGACAUAUCCCAGCAACGAUUGGUGGCGGCUACAAACCAGCGGAGACAACAACAUCAACAAUAACAAAUGAUUGUCUGCAAUUUGUGAGUGUGUGGAAUGGGGGGUGUGCGUGUGUAUAUAUUGCUAGAAUGCAUCAUAAUUCGUUUAGCAUAUGCAUAUAUAUAUAUAUAUUAUUUACGCUGGUUUUCUACCAUUUAAGAAACUAUGAGAGAAAUGCGAAGUCAGCCAGCGGCGACGAUUCUCGUUGCGAUUCGACGGCAGGCGAGUUCAUUUUUCGAUUUAUUUGCGGGAAGACAAAAAGGAAACGUUAAAAAAAAAUACACAAAUGCAAACAAGAAAAAUAUACAAAAAAAAAAUAUAAAAAAAUUAUAUAUAAAUAUAAAGGAAUGCUGCGGACCAUCAUACAAAAGAUUGAUGUCGUUCCGGGCCAUUUUUUAGAGAUCGGUGAGAGAAAUCGAUUUGAGAAUUGAGAAAGGACCCAACCACAACAUAGGCGCACGGAAUAGAACAGCAAUUUUUUGUCGGUAGCGCUGGAAAAAAAAUUUAAACAAAUCAAAAUGCAAAAAAAAAAAUAAAAAAAUCAAGUAACUCUAUCCCCCACAAUUGAAAUUAGUUUAAAUAACUUUUUGUUCUCCAUGUUUGUUUUGUAAACACUUUAUAUAAAUUAAAAUAUGGUGGACCCACAAGCAUUAGCAGAAAAACAAAAAAAACAAAAAACCAACAAAAAAAUCAACAAAAAAUCUAAAAAAGUACAAAAAAUCAUUAAAUAUAGACAGACUAUUAAACGAUAAGUUAAAUGUUCAAAAGAAAAACCAUCAAAUUUAUCAAUCAUUUUGGCCGCGCUCAGAAUUGAAGAACCUAUAACUAAGAAUUCGUAACAAUAACAGUAAUAAUUAACAAAAUAAUAAUACAAAAACAAAACAAAAAACAAAACCAAUAUGUAGUUGUGUGUGUAGUCAAACAUUUUUGCUCUUAUAUAAUAUAUAUAACAAAAAAGAAAACUUAAAAGCGGCAUUUUCGUAAUUCGCUGUCAAAUCAAAAUAGAAAGCAUUCAUUAUUAUUUCAAUCUAAGUGAAUUUGUUAUUAUGUGUUUAACAACAAACAAACAAACAAAACAAGAUCUUUUGAGGUAACACCCCGCCACCACCCCGCCUGUCGCCAUGGCAUGGGCGGUGAAAUGUAUUUAGAACAAUGCAAAUACAAACAGUGAUCAAUUUUAUAUAGCUAUAUUUGUAUGUAUGCAUAUUAUUAUUUUUAAAGUAUGCAUAUGUCAACAUUUCACUUUCUUUUUUGUUAUAUAAUUUAAUGAUUAUUAUUUAUUACAAAACAACAAAACAACUUGUAAAAACACAAAAACAAAACCAACAAAUAUAAAAAGAAAAAACCAAUCAUAUGUUGUACUAAAUAUACGAUAGAUAUUAUAAUAACACCCAUAGCUUAUAGUGAAUACUAAAAAGCGAAACCAGCAACAAAAAAAAAAACAAAAACAAAAAACUAAAGAAAAGAAAAACCACAGCGACAAUUAGUAAUUAUCUUACAAAUAUGUUUUUAAAUUGAAGCGCAGCGCUUUUGAUUAAAAAUUAUGAUGCAUUAUAAUGAAUAUAUAUACACGGCAAUGAGAAACAUGAAGAACAAGGCAGGAGGCUCCCUUAAGGGAGCAACAAACAAACAACUUGUGCAACAACUACCCGCAGAAUGACAAACAAUUUCAGCAACAUUUCUUAAAUUCGAUUGAAGCAAAUGAAUGCGAAUGUCGAAACUCUUUCGAUAAACAUUUUCUGUACAUUUAAAUAAAUGCGCGUGUCACUGUGCACAGUGGCACACAAUUUCUGAUGAAUAUUUGCAAACAAA